GUUUGUCCAUUGUCGGCUUCUGUACUUACACUACCAACCAGGAAGUCGCCACAAUUUCAUUCAUUCUGUACAGUUUGUGAAGUUUUUACACUUACUUUCAAAAUGCGCAGAAGAACCGACGCUCAAGCAUCAAACAAUGAACCUGUCAAUGCUGAUAGAAAGGAUCCGGAUCAGCGACUGCCCAGCCAAGCUAAAGCUGAAGGCAGGGUGUCUUACAGCUCUGUGCUCACGACCAUUGGAAAGUGUUUACUUGUGAUCAUCUUCAUCCCUCCGUUCCUCAACUAUGCAUCCCUGCAGAGAGAAGGACAGGUGCUCCUGCCUAAAGAUGGCCAGAUGGUUGACGUUGGUUUGGGUCAAAAGAUGCAUCUUUUGUGUAAAGGAAAAGGACAACCAGUUGUCAUACUUGAUGCACCAACAGGAAUGUCCUCAGAUGUUUGGUGGCAUGUCUUGGAAAGUGUGGCCACACUAACAAUGGUCUGUACCUAUGACAGAAUGGGACUGGGCUUCAGCAGGCGGCAGAUGCAGAAUGAAACGACAGGAACUGAGAAAGUUUGGGGGAUGUCAACAACCGGACGGAUGGUGGAUGAUCUGCACAGACUCCUGCAGGCUGCUGAGAUCGCCAAGCCCUUCAUCCUGGUUGGCUCCGAGCUGGGCUCCCUCAAUGGAAGGUUCUACAGCCACAUUCAUGAUGUGCAAGUGUCAGACCUGGUGCUGAUCGAUCCCAUCCCAGAGGACGUUUUUGAGGACGACCAGUGGAAACAGUACUGGUGGGGUAAGCUGGUGCCCUCUCUCCAAGCCCGGCAGUUUUCAGCAGCUACAGGACUGAGCCGCAUGCUGAUUAUCCUCGGGGUGAUUGAACCGGCGGUCACAGGGGAGGACGUCUCAGAGGAGGUCAUCCUGCGCCAGAAGUACCUACUGAGUAACCCUGCCCACCAGAGCAGUGCUGUGGAUGAGCACUACUUUUUAAAUGAAAGUGCUGCUCAAGUAAGGGACAUCACAAAGUUUAAGCCCCUCUCCAGCAGAACGGCAGUGAGUGUGAUCACUGGGGAUUCCUUUGACCAGGAAAUACCGGAACAUCUAAACCAGAUGGUAGCCAGGCUUCAAAAGAAGUUUCUGGAGGAGUCUUACCCAUCAGCCAAUCACAUUCACAUAAAAGGAGCAGACCGGCGAAUGAUCUACAAGAAGCCAUCUGCCAUCAGCCAGUACCUGAGGAAGCUAGUCCACCAACGACAAGCCAAACAGCAGAGCGAGUGACGCGUGGCCAACAUGUAACAAUCCCCCAGACACACACCGGGUAACAGUCUAGUUACCAGCUCAUAGAGUCCCAUUGUGAACCCAGAAAUGUUGAGUACACCAAAGUUGUAUGUUAGAAUUGUUUAUUCGUGGUCCCCAGCACAUAGAAACCGCAGCAUGCUAACUUGCAUAUGGUACGUUGGGCAAUUUGCACAAUUAGCAUAAGUUGCGUGGACAAUAGUAAAAAAAAAUGGCUUGGCUGAUUUGGACAAUUUUGGAGUGAAAUUUUUGAGGAUGCGGAGUCCAUUUCUGAACUUUUCAGUAUCAGAAAUGGCAGUUCUUACCAGGAAAUAACAAUAUGUGUACUCUUUGAGGGCUGUUUUGAGUUGGGUCGAGUUGGAAGAUGUUGAGGACUCUGGAUCAUUACGAUUGCACCAAUUGCCUUUUUAUUUAAAAUGUUCCACAGUAUAGGUAAUCAUUUUCCUCUUGUGCUUUCUAUAUCUAAUGGUCGCAAAACUACACAUGGUAAUCUGAAAUAUUGCCACUUUCUGGUUAAAACUGCCAUUUUUAUCCUGAAAAUGUCAGAAAUUUGAUUCAGCAUCCUCAACAACCCUCAAAGACAAUACACAAUUGUCCAAAUCAGUCAUUUUUUAACUAUUUUGCACAUAAACUAUAGUCCAGUUAAUGCUAAUUAACACAACUGACAUAUACAUAACAUACAUAACAUAUGUAAGUUAUGUAUUACCGUACUAUACAUUUUUUACAUAAAACUUUAGGGUACUCAACAUUUCGGGGCUCACUAGGCUGGAAACUAGGCUAUAACUAUUGAAUAUGUUUUAAAUAUUCAAUAACAUGGGUUUGACCUUUCCCUUCAGCAAUCUGUAGAGACUGUGUACUGGUUAGGUUCAUCAAGAGGUCCACGUAUCUUUUUGUGCAGCUUUGCUUCAUCAGAAUUGAGAAUAACUGGAGGGCUUUUCGGCAUGAUGAAAUAUUUGCUCUUAGAUUCAGAAAAUCGUAUCCUUCCAAGUUGUUAUUUCAGCCUCUUUACUCGAUUGACCUGAGACAAAAAUUAAUACAUUACCCCUUAUCAAUGUAAAGGCCACACACGUCAAUGCUCACCCUGAUACUUUUUUAUCUAUUUCAUUCUGCCUUAAUAUUCUGCCUUGUUAUAGCCUUAGGGGAAGAUGAAUUGAGUUCCUCUCUCUCUGUGUCAUUUGUUACUUAUUGAGUUACAUCACAACCAGAUAUGGACCUCUAUCUCUGGACUUGCGUUGAUUUGAUUAAUUUUUUUAAUUAUCGAGCAGAUGAGUCUGGCCUGCAAAGAUAAUUUUGGAUUUUCUUUGUAAAUCCUCCUUUUAUGUACUUUUGCAUCUAAUUCUAGGUGUGCUGGACUUCUUCUAAUGAACUCUUUCAAUGGGUAAACAUUUCAUUCAUUUGUUCCGCUCAUGGUACAGGCAUCUAAAGUUGUCUGCAUAGAAACAGACAUCUAUUUGAAGGUCGUUUGUGCAAACUGAUGCCUUAAAUGACAUUUUCUUCUAUUGAGCAUGUUCUCAGAAUUAAAGACAAACAAUUUAGGAAAUGCUGUGAUUUUUGUUUUGCUUUGUACAGAACUAAUAGUCUGAAAUUCAAUUAAAUCGUACAUUUUUUAACAGACCUGAGGAAAUAAACUGUGUGUGUUCCUGUGGAUUUACA